AUGUCAGAUAGUUCUUCAUCAUCAGGGGAGAGGAUGUUCAUCGGUAUUCCGGUGACAAACCGCGGCCAACUCCCUCCGACAGUCCUCCGACCUGGUACCGACGGCGGCGGCGGCGGCACUAAGAGGUUCGAGUGCCACUAUUGCCGCAGGGGCUUCGCCAGUUCCCAGGCACUGGGAGGCCACCAGAACGCGCAUAAGAGGGAACGCCAGCGUGCCAAGCUCGCCCAGUUAUCUGCGGCGGCCGGCGAGCACCAUCAGCGGCACAGAUUGGCUGCCCCGACAUUAUCAAGGCCGUCGUUUGUCGUGCUCGACGGUAUUUCCGCUUGGAAUCAGCAGAUACGCUCGGUGGUACCUUUGGGAUAUCCGGCAACUACUGGUGCCGCCGGAUUUCACAUCGGCAGGUCGCCGGUGACGGUGAUGGCGGCUUUUCCAGCUUCAGAUUGUAGGGAUAAUACUAUGGAUAGCCCUGCAAACUUUGCAACAAGUUCAGAGGUCGACGGCGGAGUUGGCAUUGAUCUUCAUCUUCGACUUGCACCACCCUGA